CGCGAAGGCCCCCAAGCGGAGCAGACCUCUCGAACGGCAGACCUGACGAAUGCAUAAGUACAUAAGUACAAAUGGAAUCGAGUUCGAAUCUUUAUCCGAAAGUGGCAGAUGCACCGCCGCAAUAUGGUGAGUUUGGUGGACCUUCGAUGAUACCAACGGAGACGUUGUAUUCAUCGCCUCCAGCGGCAGUAAUUACCGUGCAGCAACCCAACGUAUUUAUGCAAGGUGGGACACAAACUCAUUUAGGUCCAAUGUCGACAAUGGCUACCUGCCCCUCGUGUCAGGCCCGACAGUUUACAACGGUUAACCAUGAGCCCAGCACUAAGACACAUCUUCUCGCAUUGCUCAUCUGUCUAGUGGGCGGCAUCUGUUGCUGUUGCAUACCCUACUGUGUGAAAUCAUGCCAGACCGCCACGCACACCUGCUCCAGCUGCGGCGCCUACAUCGGCUCCCAUCAGAACUGAAGCCUCUGCGAUAUGUUUUCAGAAUGCAGUGAUGUCUAAAAGAUAUUCAAUUUAAUUCAAUAAGCUAUACAAACUCAAGUGUUUUUCUAUUUGCGGAAUAUAUUUUUAAUGUUUUUUUUAUAUUGAUGAAGUGCACAUUUUAACUUUCUACAAAUUAAAUCGAAAAUUGAUCAUUUCUUUGCAAAACGAAUUUUAAAUCUUAAAACACGAAAUAAACAUAUAUACUAUAUUACUAUUUUUAUCAGUCACCAACCGAUCUACGCAGUUAGCAGAAUUAUGAGCUGAUGUGAGCUUGAGCCGGAAAGCGGCCACUUCCUGGAAGUUUCUUUCCUUUGCUAAUGCGUCCAGAGUUUCUGUUAUUGUAAUUCGGAAUCACUUUUUGUAUUAUGUACAUCCCUAAUAAACCAGUUUGCAAGAUAA